GAGACAGAUUUAAUUUUUUGUUUUAUUUUUUGGUUUUCCUAGGACCUAGAGAAUAAUUUCCAGAAAAUAUACUUUGAACUGAGACAAUGCCAUUAAAUACUCACAAAACUAUUUACAUUCUCUGUUUCAGCUUCUUCUCUGUAAUGGGUUGUCUCAAGAGCUCAAUUUUUGCCCUGCAGUUCUCGGUUUCUUCAGCCACAAGGGUUUAGGAGAAGUUCUUGGCAAUCAAACACUUGGAUUGUUCCUGUAAUUGCACUUUGGGCUUAAAGUUCAGAUCUUUUUUUGAAGAAGAUGGGGAGAAGAAAGAAGUUGAAGAAGGAAGAAAUAGCCGAGGAUUGGUGCUUCAUCUGCAAGGAUGGAGGCUCUCUCAGGAUCUGUGACUAUAAGGACUGUCUGAAGUCUUAUCAUCCAGACUGUGUAGACCAGGAUGACUCUCUACUGGAAAGUAAAGAUCAGUGGACUUGUGGUUGGCAUUUUUGCUAUGAAUGCAAGAAAGCUCCAAAGUUUUAUUGCUUGUGCUGCCCAUUUGCUGUAUGUGGACACUGCCUCUGUGCUUCUGGGUUUGCAGUCGUUAGAGGGAAUAAAGGAUUCUGUGAAAGUUGUUUAGAGCUUGUGAUGCGUCUGGAAGAAAAGAAAGAUGUUAACUCAAAUGGGGAAAAAAUCGACUUCUAUGGUGAAGACACAAUAGAGUUCUUUUUUAUUGGAUAUUGGCAGAUGGUGAAGGAAAAAGAAGGCUUAACUUCAGAACAUGUUAUUUCUGCAGAUAAUCUAGUGAAGAAGGGAAAAAAUCAUAGGUCUCCUGAUUCAUAUGAAUAUGAUGAAAAUGAAGAAGAUAUUGAAGAUUUUGUAGAUGAUAGUCAACUUGUAGUAUCUGAUUAUGAUGAUUUAGGUUACUCAGCAGAAGACAAGAAGAUCAGGAAAAGGAAUAGAUCAAAAAGAAAGCAAUCCGCUCCGAGAAGAAAGGCAAGCUCAAAGAAAAAGGAGUUCAUUGGGUGGGGAUCAAAACUCCUACUAGAGUUUCUUGACUCCAUUGGUAUAGAUGCAACCCGUGAACUUUCACAGGAUGAUCUUACAACUAUAAUUACUAAAUACUGCAAGGAAAAUCAGCUUUUUCACCCGGAAAGAAAGAAAAUAAUCAUUUGUGAUGCAAGGCUGCAGCAUCUCUUGGGAAAGAAGUCAGUUAAUAGAAACAGUAUAUAUAACCGACUGACUGCCCAUCUCGCUGAGAACAUAGAUCAUUCAGAGGAUGAAUCCGAAAGUAGUUUGGACAUUGUGGAUGAAUGUGACUCGGUGGUGGAAGAAAGGAAGCAACAGAUGAGCUCGGUUAGAAAAUCUAAUUACAAGGAAGUAGUUGCAGAAGUGCAGAAAAGCUGUUUUGCAUCUGUAGUCCCUAAGAAUAUCAAGCUUGUCUACUUAAGAAGGAGUUUAGUGGAGGAUCUAGCAAAGCAACCAGAGGCUUUUGAUGCUAAAGUGAUUGGAAGUUUUGUGAGAGUAAAAUCCGACCCAAAUGACUAUUUGCAGAAAAAUUCUCAUCAGCUUGUGCAAGUUUUAGGUAUUAAGAGAACUUCAAGCGUGAAAUCAGAAAUUCUUCUUAAACUUUCCAAUAGGCUGAAAGAGUUACCCAUUUCCAAGCUGUCAGAUGAUGACUUCAGUGAGGACGAGUGUAAGGAUUUGCAACAGGGAGUGAAAAAUGGCCUUCUUAAAAGGCCAACUGUUCUGGAACUUGAACAGAAGGCGAGAAGCCUGCAUGAGGAUAUAACUAAACAUUGGAUUGCAAGGGAGCUGGUUUCAUUACAAAACCUCAUUGAUAGAGCAAAUGAGAAGGGAUGGAGAAGAGAGCUUGCUGAGUAUAUGGAUAUUCUGCAACUGCUUCAGACACCAUCAGAGCAAUCACGGUUACUAAAUGAGGUUCCUCAAGUAAUUGCAGAUGUAGUAGAACCUGAACCCGCUUGUGAGGAAUCUGAAGAAAAAGCUGAACAAGAACUAAAUGAUGGUUUGCCAGAAUCAUUUGCUGAAAAAGCUCCAAAGGAUCCUAGUUGUAGUCAUACAACUAAUGGAAAGUUUCGCUGCCUGAAUGAUUCAGCAAAUACUACAGAAGGUGGAGAUACCUUGAAUGAAAACUUUCCUUUUGGGGAAAUUAGAUUUGGUUCUUUUGGAAAAGAUAAUGAGAGUAAAGAAGCCUUCAACAAGAGUUCUGCUCAAGAGGAUACAGAAGGAAUGACUAGAGCUGAGCCUCAAAGCUUUCACACAAAUGAGCAGCAACAUAAAGAUGAAUCUCAAAACCUUGCUGCUGGACCGGUACAUGCUUGUCAAGUACCCAUCCAUGUUUUGCUCAAGAAACUUUAGUUGAUGCUGGGUGGGGUAAAUGAAGGCAGAUGAAAAAAGAAUCAAAGGAAUUUGAACGAAGGUUUUUUGUGUUAUUUUUAGCAAAGCUUUCUGGAUAUUAAUUUCAGUAAAUAGUCUUGAUUACCAUUUGGCUUUGUUCAUGCUAUGAAGUUUUCUAAUUUGAUCUAUGAGAAUCUGAGAAAGAUCAUUUGAUUA